CGGAAUCGAAUCGAACGGCGCCCGUCGCAUUGUAAUAACCGCACAUAAUACCAUUGGGUAUUAUCAGUGCCAGGGUUACCGGGUCACCGGGGUGCACGGAACAACAAUACCGCCGUGGCUCGUCUGCGUCCGCGUGGUUACUGCUGUUGUUGUUGUUGUCGUUGAAUAAUACCGCGAUAUGGCCGUAACGACGACGUUUUACUCUAUUACGCCAGCACGAUAGUUGUCGUCGUUUGUUUACAUUAUCUCGUUCGCCGCGAACGGCUAUAAGCCGACCGCCAUCGGCUGUUUUCUUCAACAUGGUCCGGCAUCGUCCCGGGGACCAAGGAAACGCGGCCGGAGCCGCCGAUUGAUCGCAGCAACCCGUCGCCGACGCCGCCGGCCGACGACAGUCUCGCGAAAACGAUAAUCAUUUAUUUGUUCGUCCGUUUCUUGCACAACAGCCGCCGCCGCCGCCGUAGUUUCACGGCCAGUGUCAUGCCUCCAUGUACACGAGCGUCACGUCGUCUCGUCCCCUCGACCAGUUUAAAGGUAAGCCGACCGCUGCUCGCGAUUUGCCAGUGUUCGGAAUAAUUGUACGGCUGAGCGCGGUAUCGAGUUAUAUCAUAAGCCGGCGACGUAGUAACGGGGGGGGGGGGGAGGGGAGACGGGGAGAGAUAACGGGGAUAUUCCCCUCCCCCCUUCACCCAUAGCCUUUUUUCCAUGUUAAACAAUUUACCCCGGUACACCUGUUUGUAAAGGUGUUUAUGGAACGGUUAACGGCGGUCACAGCUCAAAAGUGCUAGAACUGAAUCGCUCGCGGUUCUUUAUACAUAUUUCGAAGUACGGUUCAUUAGCCACCGGUAGGCUACCGUAGUAGACGCGAAGUUUGAAAACACGUAUAGAAAGUAUGGGGCAAUUUAAUUUAUACAUGUACUGAACAUAUUUUUACUAGGUACCUAACUGUAAAAGUCUCGGUAAAAUUAAUAGUUUCUUCGUUACAUUCAGAGUCCAGAACGAAUAUGCUAUAAGAGGUGUGGAGGGACACAAAUUACGUUCACCUAACAAAUUAUCCAUUCCCUAAAGCUAAAAUUUGGCUGCUUUUUGACAAUAUUCAACACCGUAGGAUUUCGGUACACAGAUAUAGUUGGCAGUGUGAUACGAUGGUUUUUUAUCGGGUGGUAUUUUUCGGAUUAUGAUAAUGGCGUUUUGUCGAAUACACAUUGUCAUUUUACACUUAGUCGUAAUCACAUGACGAGUUAGUUGAUUGAAAAUAUGAUCGAAUUGAAGCCAGGUGAAAAUCGUUCGUACAAAUGUGUAAAAGAACAGUUUGAUAUUUCUGAACACACAAUAUUCGUGUACAGUAGUCAUAUUAUUAACAAAUAACUAUUGGGUGCCACGUGUUUGUGACUCUCGGUGGUUUGCCGAGAUGAUUUCUGUGGCUCUGCUCAUCCUAUCGUCCAAUCCACCCGGUUACACAUACAUAUUCGGUUUGUGUAGGUUGAUGUUUUUAAGUAGUUUAAAUAUUUUAAUUCAAUUUAGAGCCGCUUCUAUUACCUUUAUUUGUUUAUCCUUUGGGUAAAUAUCUAACUUGGCUAAUGUCGUUCUAUACAGUAUCACUAGUUAUCAUAAAAGCGUAUUGUUUAUAAAGUUAUCGGUAACUCGUCAAACAGUUUUAAUAUACCGAAGAAGCAUUUUACCUAAAGGAUAACAUAGUUUAUAUUAUUAUUUGUAUAAUAAAUCAAAAUCUUAUUGUAAAGUGAUUUUGCAAAUUUGUACGAGCUAUACGAUAAAACUAUUUUAUGACUAAAAUUUAGCGUAAACAUAUUAUUUUGUAAUUUUGACAUUUUAUCCGACGACGAGGACGGUAAUGCAGAUUUGCCGACACCCCGAAAAUACAAACAUGUCCACGUGUCAAACGGUAACAUUUGACUUAUUAAAAAUCCGUUUUCAAAAUCUUUAAAAUAUAAUAAAUAUAUAUCGUAUUAUUAUACGAUAUUUCUUUAUCCCUCCCAUAUCUAGCUUAAUAUAGUCAUGUUUUACAAGUAUUAGCUGUCAACCCAACUUUCUUACCAACCUAACCUAUUUCUUAUACAACCUUCCCAUUCAAUAUUUCCCAUUUUCUCUUGGUAUUCUUUGUUCAACCAAUGCUUUCUGUAAGGUGUCUAACCCUUGUACCUAGAUAUUAUAGAAACACGAAAAAAACACAUUUAUAACAUUUUCUAGUCUCGUCCCAAUUCAUUUUCUCAUAGCUGCUUUGAUUGCGUCUUCCUUUUACCAGCCAACGUAUUACAUGUCCAAACCGCUGCAGUCUCUGCCCUUUGAUCACAUUUUGUUAAAAACGGUAAUUUUGCUAUCUUACACAUCUCUUCAUUGUUCUAUGCCAUCAUUGCCCAUCUUUUACAUUACAAUAAAUGCAUUUUCGGUGUACUCAAAUAAUUAUUGUACACAAAUUUCCUGCACGUACGUAUAUGUAUGCAUUUUAGUAGCGUCGUCGUUUUAAUUUUUUUUUGUUGAUUGAAAUCAUUGUAAUAUUGCAUUACAUUAUUCGCUAAUAUUAUAUGGUAUUAGGUACAACAGAUCGAUUCGAAAAGUCGAGAACGAUGCCAAUGACAAGUAUUUCAAACGCCACAUAAAAUUAUGACUCUGCAGACUCGAUAAUAUAAUUCGAUAACGUUUUAUUUUGAAAAUGGUACUGACUACUAAAUCACCACGGAAAACGUACACAAUAAGCCCAUUUAAGCCACAAGCGUAAACAGUUUGUGUUAUGGGUACUACAAAUAUAGACGCAGUAAUGAAAUAAGAUAAACACGCCAUCUAUUUUAAAUAAUUGGCAUUGUUUCGUGCGGAUUUACGAAAACAUUUUUAAUAUUAUUUGAUGUCCCGUCAUUGUAUGUUUGAGUAAGUAUUGAGAAAGUGCUUGUUGCAUCAUGUAAAUCUGCAAAAAAUGACAUGGUCAACAUUUAAAUAUAAAAUAUGUACUUCGGCUGCAGUAUUAGAAUAAUAUUAUGAUACAGGUAGGGGAGAUAUAGCGGGGUACUAAUUAUAAUCGGUAAAAAUGUUUUCGUUUUAUAAAAUUAAGUUUUUUUAAUUAAAUAAAAACAUCCGUGAGCAGCUCAGUCGAAUUUUCCUCCAGUCGAAUUAUUACCGCUACAAUAUUUAAUAUAAUAUAAUUGAUCUAAAAUAGUUGUGGUGGCCGGAAUUGUAUUACAUUUUAGUCUGUAGGAGUAUUUAAAACCCGGCGUUUUUUGAGAAAACAUAAAAUUUAAGCACAAUUGAGGCAAGGGUUGAAAAUUUAAACCCCAAUAGACAAAUCCUUGAUACUAAAACCACGUGUUAACAAAAUGUCAUACAUUUUGCUUCGUUGACGGGACAAUGUCCUUUUCAAUGCUAUUUGUUAUAAUAUCCUUCACUUUUUGUACAAUUUUCCCUGAAUAUUAGGACUAUUACACUGUAAUAUUACAUAAGUAUUUAUCUAUUUCUCGCUACUAUUGGAUACAUUUUAGCGAUUCCCUCUAGACUAAAUGAACUCAAACUCAGGAAUUAGAGUUAUUUUUAUGGGUGGAUUGAAAUGAUAAAGAUUUCAUUGAACUUAAACAUGCACUUCAGAAUAUUGCUGUGGAAGCUUUUAGCUAUUCAGCCGUUAGCAUCCCUACAGACCCACCAAAUGAGCCAGGGGAUGAAAUUUUUUAUAUGCAUGACGUUAGUAUCAAGGAUGCACAUUUUGGGGUUUAAACAAGUGGUGAAUAUCGGAAUAUCGAUUAUAGGGUUAUUUUCAAAACCGAUAUUUUAACAAAUAAAUAUAUGUAUAUUUGGGGAAAAUAUAUCAAUACUAAAUCAGGGAUAUAAAAAGCGUCGGUAUCAAAAAGAAGUUAUAUCAGAUCAGCGCUAGUUUAAAAGUUAAACGUCAACCUUCGCCCCUGUUAUUUUUAUGUUCAAAUCCACAGUAGUAUUAUUCACAUUGGAAGUAGUAUAGUCAUAAGCGUACGCACGGGUGAUGCAGGAGAGGCGGUUUUCUCCUCUGCGAUAUUUUCCGCCAAAAUAUUUUAAGAAAAAACAUGUUAGAUAUACAUUUUUUUUAAAAAUAUUAUUGCAAUGUUUCCCAAUGUUUUUUUACCCAACGCCUCUAUUAGAUUUUCAAUAAUUCACCUCUCCCCCGGAAAUACCCCCCAUAAAAAAAAACCGUUUACUUUUCAUAAUCAGCCGUAUAAUUAAAGUGAAAAAUACAUAUUUUCUUCACAUUUUGUUCUCAAACAUUUUAUUAUGAUUACAAAUAUGUAUAACUAUCAUAUACGCACAUUAAAUUAUAACUUCAUGUAAUAAAUUAAUAUAGUAUAGGAUAUUAAAUUAUUUUUUAUUGCAUGCAGAUAUACAUUUCAUUGCAAACAUUUAUGAAUUUGCUAUUAAUAUUUUAGUAAUAAUAUAAUUGUUUUUAAUAAUAGUGAAUUUUUUUUAUUAUGAAAUUUACAGUAGAAUCAUCCACUUAGCGCCACUUUAAGUAUAAAACCCCCUCAAAAUUUAAAAAGCUCACAAGGGGCAAUAACAUCCACGCCCUUAUUAGGAAUCACUGCCCUAAUGUAUCCUUAUUUUGUACAUUGGCGCAAACAGGAGAGACACCUUCAGAAGAUUUUGAUCCCCCCCCUCUCCUAAUACUUAACCAAACCUCCUAAAAUAAAGUCAUCGUCAAAUAAAUACUAAGUGUAUAUAAUCAAUUUUAUUGCCUAUUGGGGCUUAAGUCCGCUCCAAAAAUAUUUGCAUUAUUUGUGCUUAUGAUUUUUGUGUAAGGUUUGAUUUUAAAAAACAUCGCAUCUCUUGCCAAGAAGACCUACGUACGCUUAUGGGAAUAGUUAUUCUACUACUCACUGAUGGUUAGGUUUUCUUCGCUAAAUGUAGUUAUUCAUGUACAACAGCGUGCGAAAGUAUAAAAAAUGCGAAUAUUUUUACUUUUUUUUAUAGUAUUACUGUAUUAAGUCGGGUAAGUUAAUGAAAAUAAUUAAUAUGAUCACGUGAUAAAGUCUAGUGAAAUAAAUAAAAAAUGUUUUCAUUGAAAAAUAAAAAAAAGAAACAUAUUUGACUCGUAAGUUAGAACUGUUAGAGCGUAAAAAAAAACCAGAAUGUUCUAAUUAUUCUAUGUUUAAUUUAAAAAGGUAAUUAUUGUGUUUUAAUAAAUUUUAUAAAAUAUUUGGUGAAGUAUGUUAGACUAUGUCGUAACAAUUUUGAAUGCAUUUCGGAAAAAAAUAAUAAUUGGGGAAGUUCAUGAAAUUAACUGUGAAAUAACCAUAUUUAUACAACGAAAACUAAUUAUUUAACAGCAAAAAUUGUUAACUAGUAGAAAUAAUAAUAAUAAUAAAAAAAAAUGUAUUUUAAACUACACUAUUUGUUCAUCACCAAGAAAAUGUAACGACCUUUUGGAGAAACAGCGAAUCGAGUACCUAAAUAAUAGAAGAUGUUUCGUUUUGUUUCUAGGAAAAAAUUUUUUUUGGGGGUGGAGAUUGAAAGAAGACUAUAGAACAUUAAAAACAAUUGCACAAACUAUAAUAGGUAUAAUAAGACAAGAGUUCGAAAUAUAUAGUUCAAUUUAAUUUAAUGUUUUAAAAAAAACAAUAAUAAUCGAAUUGUAUACCAGUUGAACCACUUAUACUCGUAUAUUAAAUAAACGUAUUAACCGAUAAUAUUUAUGACCUAUAUGAAAAAGAACCUUUCCAUCAUAAGUAUAUAAUAUAUUUAUUUAAGGUACAAGGAUUAAAAGGGGUAAAUAAAUGUUAAGGUGCUAGUGUGUUUUUUUUUUCUCAAAAAUAUGUCUUACGGCGAAAAAUCUCACGCUUGUGCGAAUGAUCCGAUUUCGGUGAUUAUUGUUUUGCUGAAAGAAAAAGACUUUAAAAACAGCCAAUUUCUAACGUUUUUUUUUUUUUUUUUACUGCUAUUAAAACCAAAUGAAAAAUCGUGAUAUAAUUUGAUCUGAAAAAUGUUUUAUUUAUUAAAUCAAAAACAAAAUUUAAGGAAAUUAUUAGAUUUACAAUGAGUUAUAUCUAUUCCCGCGAAGUCAUUUUCGUCCGUUAAAUGACCGUAUAUCUCUUUAUCUUAAAUAUGUAUCGGACAGUAUAGAUUAGUGGAAAAGUCUUACCUUUAAGGUACCAUUACAAUAUUAAAUUAAUUGUAUAAACCGGUGAAACGAUUCUAUACUUAUUGGAAGAAAAAAACUUCGCUCAGAAUUGAAUACAGUUUAUUUAUUAUCGGACAUAAAUGAUGAAUUAAUUAAUAAAAAAAAAUAAAUAGAUAUACUUCGCACGAUGGGUGAGCCAAUGUUGUAAGUGAGAAGCUGUGAAGGUAGAAGGAAAAUUUAAUGUAUAACAAUAUAAUGUACGUAAAAAUUAAUUAUUUCCAACGAAAAACAAUUCUGAGCGGAAUUCGGUUACUCAUGUUUUGAAAGGCCGUAAUAUUUAUAAUUUUAAAACAAUACAUUUCGUAAAAUUUUCCGGUUUUUCUUCUUUUUUCCGAUUUAUUAUGAAAACCCUGCUAUGCUGUAAAAUAUCGGAGCAAGAUUUCUGGUAGACAUAUUGUUUGUGAAUAAAAAAAAAAAAAUGUAACAAAAGUAAAAUAAUAAAUAUAAAUGUAAAACCAAUAUAUUUUCCGCUGUGCUCAGAAUCUAACAAAUUUAAUUAAAAGCUAAAAUCCGCUGUUAAAAAAUCGCUGGUUACGGAUAUGUGGAUGACUCUGUAUAAUUAUGUAAAUUACACUCUCGUUUCACGCGGACACGAUAAUAAUGAUUGGCCCGUCGUCCCGUUUUAUCGAUUCCGCGGCUCGGCGGUUGUGUCGGGCUAUAGUUAAAGCGAUUAAUAAUAUUAACGAGUCAGCGAUCGUUGUUAGCUAUUCCGAGUCCGUUCCGGAGAUUUAUGCGCUUCGAACGACGUUUAUUAAAACCGAAACGACCGCUGUCCGCGGGUGUAAAUCGUGCAGCGCAAAAAGCGAUUAAUCGCGAACAAAUUAACAUCAUUUCGUCGGUUAAUCGUAAUAAUUCAUUUACAAUGCGCGGCCAACGUCCAACAAUGGAUAUUAAAUUAAUGAUGUUAUAAUUUAAUCUUUAUUUUACAGAUACUCGAGUUAUGAAGGUCGAAACCGAUGUGUCCACCAUAUUCAAUCCGCGAAAGCCCAGGCUUUCGCAGAGCAACGCCGUGCUGACGUCAGGUUCCUUCUCGCACGUACUGUCCAGAAGCGAAUCUCGUACGUGUUGUUCAUUUAUUAAAUAUUAUUAAUUCAAGGACGAGCGUGAUAUUUCAGAAUUAGUACCCAGGGUAUAAUUACGGAAGGGGCAGGGUAUUUGGGAUAGACCACGAGGUGUAUUUAUAUUAUACCGUUUUAAAUUCAAAGUGUCUUGGUUUACAAUAUAAUACAAAUUUACUAAUCAUUGUGAAAAAAAGAACUGAAAUUGGUGAAAUCUUUAUCACCACCGUCAUCGAACCAGAACAAGUGGCCGCUGAUACCGUCUGGUUUGCCAACUAUUAGAAAACUAUAAGCAAAAUAACAAAUAACCUCCUCAGUACAACUUUAAAUCCAAAAUGAAACAAAAAAGGAUUCUUCAUUUUUUGGAGCAAAAUUUCCGGUAAAAAGUUAAUUACAGACUGAAAAAAAAAAAAAAUAAGUACAUCCUCCUCUCAGAAUCUAAAAACAAAUUAAUAAUGUUUUGUUUUAUCAGUAAUAUAUAUGUCGAUGGUCCUACUUAGUUCAUAUACAUAGACAUAAUAACACUAUAACAUUAUAUUGUUUUACGGGGAAAAAAAUACACACAUAAUAAAAUUAAAAAAAUGCUAAGUUUAAUACAGAAAUACGAGUAUUGUUAUACUAAACAUAGUUUUAAAGAGGGUGUGAGGAGGGAGUUCCUUAAAGGUUUGCCUCAAAGAGUUAUUUUUAAACCUCCUCCCUAGUAUGUUAGAUACUCGAUAUUUUCAUUUUGUGUGUUUAUGUAUUUAAAUACUAAAUACUCGAUACAUUAAAAUUAAAGUAUUAAUUAAAUUGUUCAUGCGGUAUUUUAAAAAGACUAUGAUUUUAUUUUAUUUGAAACAUUUUUUAACGUUUUUACACAGCCCGAAAACGCAUAACUUCUAAUACCUUCCGUAACAUAUUAUCUGUAGGUAAUGCAGGUAUAAUCAAAAUCUAUAAUCGCACUUCAAUAUUAUUGAUCGGUGGCUCAACUAUUUUAGAAAGUCUUAAAAAAAAAAAAAAAAAAAACUAUAUAGUCUUUAAAAUUUAAAUGAAUUGCCUCCGUGUUGCUUAUAUUAUAUUAUUUUUCAAUUUGUAUACAAUUUAGUGUGUCAGCCUGAAGACGUGGAACAGGUGGAACAAUGUCAGCGGAAGCAGUUGGGCAUGUUCAAGAGACUGAAGAACAAACUGUGUUCAAAACACGCGAGAAAGGUGCGCGAUUCGGACUGUGAAGACGGCGGCUAUGGGUCUAUAAUGUGCUACCCCAAUAAAAUAAAAAUAACAAAAAUAAUGGCUUUCCGAAAAAAAUCGAACGGCUUUCUCGUAAAUUUCGUGUACAUUUUAUAUUGGUCUGUGUCCGGUUUUGGCGUAUUCCGCCCCGUGAAAAAAAAAAAAAAGAUUAAAUUAUUGAAAAAAAAAUAUAAAUAUGGAUUUUAUAAUAAUGUUUUUGUUGGGCGGUGUAAAAACAGGUAUGCAAUUAUAUAACGCGGCCAAUACCUGAACACGUAGUCAAUGCCAUAGAGUAAAAAAUAUGUAAGCCCCGCCUCCCAAUAAUUACGAUCCGAUCGGAUUUCCCGUGGUCAAUAAUUUUCAUAAAUUUAUUUUAUAAGUAAUUUUUUUAAUUGGGCUGGAAUUUUACUGAAAACUGUUUACAAGACCUGAUUAAACGCGUGGAAAUAUUCCGAUAUAUUUUGUGCCCCAACACGAUUUAUCACAAACCGGCAAUUUUUCCAUAUAAUUCACAAUUUCAUAUGAAUUUGAUUUCUGUUUUUUUUUUUUUUUUUUUUGAAUGAAGGAGUAACAAAUAGCCAUCCAUCAAAACAAACUUUCAGAUUUAUAAUAUCUACUAUUUGUAGGAUUUCUGCUUAGUUAACUUAUUGAGUAAUUUUUGUGAAUUUUUGCUUAUAUAAUACAAAAUAAAUAAUUAAUCUUGAAAUUAAUUAAAACAGGCUUUUUAAUUUUACUAUACAUUUUAGUAUAAUAAUUUAAUUUAUAAAUAAAUAUGUUAUGAUUGAAAGUCAGAAUUUCAACGCGAGCGAAGUGAUCGGUUUCGGUAUUGGUUUAAAUGUUCAAUUUUGGUUUUGCGUUCCGUAAAAAUAUUUGAAAUGAAACCCCGUUAGUGAAAGCUUUAUUUUAAUAUUAUUCCUACUGUUUAUUAACUCUUAUAGUCUUCUAUUGCAUUGGCAUGCACUUCGGAUUUUAAAAAAUAGAGUUCUUUUAAAAUUUUGACCGGAGGAGAAAUGAAUAAGGGUAAUAAAAUUCCAUACCCGUUUAGAUAAUAAAUUAACAACUUUUCUACUUGUCUGGUUUAAACUUUUAACUGUUAUAAAAAAACUUUAUUUAUUGAUAUUUGUUUAGAUAUUUUAGUGUUAUACGUAUGAAAAUAUAUAGACAACUAUACCCUUUUUGAACCUACGUUUAAAAGAAUUUUAUCUGAAAAUCUAAAGUAUAUAUAUAUAUUGAGUUAUUGCUUAAAAAAUUCCACAAUAAUUAAAAAAAUAAAUCAAAUUCACUUUAAAUUCUCAAAAAAAUCACUGGUUCAUGGUAAACGAAUCACCUUAAUACAUUAAGGGGUAGCUCAUCUGACCUUCGUCGCCGCCAGAUUUGUUUAAAAAAAAAUCUACAGUUUGUUAUUUUCAAUUUUCUUGUCACUGUCGUGGUGUAUCCUACUCUAUUCCACAGGUGUACUAUGGGUUGUGUGUGACGUUCUUCGUCACUACUUCCUGGGUCGGCGCCACCCACGCCAUCAAGUACCUGUACAUGUACCAUCCGACCAAGUAUCCAGUGCUCACCGGCACCGGAUUCAAUUUUUCGUCCAUACACCAACAAACGGUAAACGACAAACACUAUACUAUACUAACUCAAUUAUACUUAAUAUGUAUUAUUAAGGGGGUUUCACACUAUAGAGCUUUCGUCGUUAUUAUACAGCACAUUUUUUUAGUAAAUAUCCACUGUAUAUCCACUUCUUUCUCCUAAAAAACCCCACAAACAGAUAGGCUAAACUUUCCCUUGUUACCCCUCCCACCAACAGCGAGAGUAAUCAAUUUACGUAAUUAAAUAUUAUGUUUGUUUCGUAAUCUUCUGAUUCGAUCAUUUACCAUUUAUUUAUUAGUUGAUACGCAAUUGUCAAAAUCUUAUUCCGGUGAGUGUCUUCUAGUGCAUUUUACUGUGUGUCCAUUUAGAUACAGAAAAUCUCCUUGAAACAUUUCUCGUUAUAAUAUAACCAUCGCAAUCGGAAGCAAUAUUAAUCAUCGAUGUUAAAUUGUUCUCUGAAAUGUUUAAUACAAAAAAUAAAAAAUAUUUGCCAUAUCAUAAUAAUCGUCCGUGAAAUAAAAAUUACCGUUUCACAUGACGCUAUCGAAUUGCGUAGAAUACGACCAAACGAGACCAGUCUAGAAUUCGUUAUGUUUAACCCCUCGACCUGUGCGUGUCGUAAUAACCAACGGCCGUAGUUGUUAAUGCGAAUUUUUACGAAAAUAUUUAAAUAUAUUUUUUUUUUUUGUUUGUACCUAUGUAUGUAUGUAUGUAUGUAUGUAUUAUUAUUGGUUGAACUCACGAAUAUGGUUCGGCGUGGUAAAACCAACAUAUUUUCGACGAGCAGGCAAAUUAAAUUAAAUCGUUUAAUAUAUGUUUUGCGUGUGCGAAAAUGUUAUAAAAUUCAAGUCCCGGAGAGAUGAACCUGUCUUUUGAAAAUAUAAUACAAUUUUUGGACGCGAAAUUUAAUCACGAACUAUUGCCCGCACAAGUCGGCCAAUAAAUGGCGAUAAAGGCUUCGACAAAUUAUACCUACGAGUUUGUGGAUAAUAAGUCGAGAAUAUUAUCAAUAUUUUAAGUCAUCAAUGCCAUUUAAUAAACAGUGUUUUGACAUGCAUUUGGUCUGCCGCCAAAUUCGAUUUGCAGUGACUUGUAUAGUGUAUAAUUUGAUAGUUAUUUGAGUUAUUUCUAAUAAACCACGUUGUAAAAAUACACGCAAACAUUAUUCGUCUUUAUUGACAUAACUAUUUUGCAUUAAGAGUUUUCACUAGGUGUUAGUGAUGUCAAGUUUCCGACAUUUUAUAUUCAAGAAAUUUUCAAGAUGAAAUUUUUGAAAUCUGAACAUUUUUUUUUUAAAUUCAGUUUACAAUUUUACAUUAACUUUAGACAUACUAUUAAAGUUGGUAUUACUCAAUUUUAAAUUUUGUUUUACAAAUAUAAAUAUAUAUAUUAUUAUACAAUUUAGAAAUGAAAUAACUAGAAAUUGGAAUCUAAAGUCGAAAUGUCUUCAUUAUUCUUUUCUAACAUCUGUGUAAUGCCAUUGUCUCCGAGUGCUUCGUCUUCAUCCCCUCAGUUUCAUAAAUUUCUUCGUUUUUGGUUAUUUUUUCAAUAUGUUUAACUCUGUUUCGAAUUCAGUCUAGUUUUACAAUACGUACCUAUCGCAGAACCGCACAUGUGGACAAACAAAUAUUUUAAUUUUUCGAUUAUCACAUACACAUUAGAAGUUUGAUGAUUAUAGUAUUAUACUGUUAUCAGUGUAAACACAUUUAUAGUCCGUUACUAUAGAUGAGAUUUUUACAGUGUUGUUAAUUUACUAACGCAUAAUUGCUAUAAAGAACAACAAAUAUAAAUGUAUUUUUUUUGUUUUUAAAAUUUCUUCUGAUAAUUUCCAGGGGUCAGGAAUUUCCAUUUUAGACAUUUCUUACUUACGUCGCUACUAGAUACGCAUCUUAUAUUUCUUUUUCAAACGGUAAUUGCUCCUGCAAUUCUCGACUCACAGUAUCUAAAAUCUACUUUCACUAUUACGCGUCGGUCGAUCCUAUCACUUUCUCGGUCUUUUACUUCGGGGUUUCCAUAAUCAAUUAUGUGCCAAUUUAUGUCAAUGUAUUAAUUCCCAUGCCCGUCGUGUACAGCUAAUGACCUAUAACGCGCCAUUCUUCACUACAUGGUUUUGCACCAACUGGACCGUGCUGUUCUUCCCGCUGUACUUUUUUUGUCAGCUGGGCAGCCUCAACUACCAGACGGCCACCGACAUCCUGGGCGAGAGCGUGCGCAACUUCCGCGACCGCGGGUUUACGGCCGCCCACUUCCUGACUCGCUGCUCCAUGUUCUGCAUGCUCUGGGUGUUCACCAACUACCUGUAUAUUCACGCGCUCAGCAUACUCGUGGCUACCGACGCCCUGGCCUUGUUCGCCAUCAAUGUGUGCUGCGUGUAUCUGCUCUCGUGGGUUAUACUCCACGAUCAGUUUGUCGGCGUUCGGGUAAGUUGUGACGAUCAGAAAAAAAAAAAAAAAAUUGUCAAAGGUGAUCACUUGCUGGUCAACUAUAAUGGAUUGUAGGGUAUAUGAUUUAUUUUUAGCCCGGUAUUAAAAAUGCACGGAGGAUUUAACAACUCCCCUAUCGUGAACUCUUGAGAAGGGCAUCAAGGGCGACACUUUUGAUGCCCUCUCCCGGGGGUGCCGUCGACUGGAAUCUGCGAUCCGAAUUAAAUACCUAUAACAAUGUAAGUCGGUUUUCAGAUCGUAGCGGUCAUUUUAUGCAGCACGGGAGUAGCUUUGCUCGCCUACAUGGACGCCGGUAUUACUAACAAAAAGAAAACGAUGACGGGAGUACUGUUAGCAGCUUUGGCUGCCGCUGGGUCAGCAGUAUACAAAGUAAGCGGAGUAAAGCGUAUUCGACGAAUAUUUAGAAAUGUAUACAACUGUGAUGGAACAAACGAAAAAAGACUCUUUCCGUUUUUGCCAUCGCCUUUUCUUUUUGUGUUAAUAAUAAUUGUUCUUGAUGGUACUGUGCACAGUAAGCACCUCUAUACAUAAUCAUAGUCGGAACUAUAGCCUUGACCGGGGUUAAUCGAACCCGUGCUAUAUAUUUUAUAAUUUUUUUUACACACAGAUGUAUCUGUAAGUACAUUUAAAGAUACAUUAUGUUAAAAUCAUAUUACGACACAGCAUAUACUUACAAUAAAUAUCUUGUCAAUUGUUUAGAAUUUAUAAUCUGAAAACAUCCAAAAAGUUUGACGAACAAAAUGCCUGGCAUUUAAAUUUUAACAUUGGAAAUAAUGACACAAUCGUAAGACUCAAAAUUCAAAAAUUCCAAAACAGAAUAUUCUGGUAUUCAAACAUAGGCACGGAGCCAAGUCCACCCAGGCUCCCCCAAAUUUAAAAUACUUUAAUUAGUACUGAUCGAUAAGGAAAAGAUUGAUUUUUUCAAUUCAAACACAUUAGGGGAAAAAAAAAACUCUUAUCACAACUAAUUUUUGUAAUCUUUAGUCCUUAUCGAAUAUCCACCCGUUUCAGUGGCCCAAUCUAAUUUUAUUUUGUUAAAUACGCUGUCGCCGACUGCGGAAAAUUGAAAAUAACCGACCACGGUAUAUUUCGUUACAGGUCUUGUUCAAAAAAAUGAUCGGUGACGCCACGUACGGUCAAGUGUCCCUGAUCUUUUCGCUCAUCGGACUGCUGAACGCCGCGCUACUCUGGCCCGUGUGUCUGGUGUUGUAUUUCUCCGAAGUCGAAAUACUACACUGGGACCGGUUGCCCUGGACAAUACUUUUGUCGGCCAGUACCCUGUCGUUGGGUAUGGGUAUAUAUUGAACCAGUAUUAAAUAACAACGAAACAGCAUUACGCGUGCCACGUGCUGGGAUUAUUAUUAAUUUUUAUAUUGUUUCCAGUAGCCAACCUGCUGGGAAACUUGAGUGUUGCGUUUACUUACGACGUUUUCAUUACGUUCGGGCUAAUCACCGCCGUCCCCGUGUCCGCAGGUAAACACAUAAUACGAUUGCUAAUAAUAUUCAGUAUAAUAAUAAUAAUAAUAAUAAUCGUAAUUACAAUAUACCUCUUAAUAGCCGGACUGUUCUGACUCACGAUAAUGUAAUAUUUUUUAAUGCAAUACAAUAUUUUUUUAAUCGCACGGAAUUUGACGUGUUCGUACCUAUAAUGUAGUAUACCUAUUACCCCUACGUCAGUUCGGAUAAAAACCGUAAACCCGGGGAAAUGCGACGUUUUGAUAUUAUGACCGCACGCGAAAGGUUACGGUCAUAAUAUAUACCUACUGUUUAUAAUAGGUAUACGGGAAACGUGAUUAACCGUAUAGUUUUUAUACCUGUAUUUGUUAAUACGGUGAAAUCGGUAUAAUUUCGAAUAAUUUUCACUCGGUUAUCCAGCGAUUAGCGUUGUAGGUAAGGAACAAUCAUUGUUCAGACAGGUUUAGUUUUGCCAUUUUUUUUUUUUUAACGUCCUAAAAGAAGUGAAAAAUGUAGAUCGGUACCUAAUAUCUGUACGUUUUACUAUGAUAUGUGCUAUUUUCAGUUUGUCCGACAUCAACUUUUACACCAAAAAUCCACCUAAACUCCAGGGGCGGUUUCUGGUGGUAAACUGUGACCAUUUCGUUAAUUGAAGAGGUCGUUUUCAAAAUUGUCCUUCUAUUUUCCUAAUAGUGGGGAAAUAACGUAGGAAAAAUGGGAAUAUUUACGCAAAAACGAUUUCUGUUCUUUUCGAUUAUGUUUUUGCUGUUGAAUUCGAUAAAUUUCACCAUUUUUUUGGGUUAUUUAUAACUACUAAUUGAAACUCUGGACGUAUUUUUUAGAUAUUAUUUGGUUUAGAUAUUUAUGUGGUUUCGAAUUGUAUCGGCUUCUCAAAAAUGCUCGUCAAUUUGAUACAAAGUUGAUCAUAGGUUUACGAAAAAAUAUUAUCCAAAGUCUUUAUUCACAGUUCAUUUUAAAAAAUUGAGCAGUCGUAUGCUUUUCACAUUUAUUUCAAUUUCACUUUAAAACCGGUUUUCAAACGAUACAUCAAUAAUUUCGCGAUAAUAACAACUAUAACAUUGUUUCAGCGAUCGACAUAACCAUACACGACGUGCAGUUUUACGGUAUGAAACUCGCGGGCAUCAUACUGAUAUCAAUCGGUUUCUUAUUGGUCAUGUUUCCUAACAACUGGCCGGAAUACAUUUUCCGAUUACUCAGGUAAAUUGCACAAUAACCGAUACCUACCUACGAUUCCGAUGCGAGCGGUUUAGGAAAAUACCUAAUACCUAUUUGACUACAGCGCUGGCAUACCAGAUCGGACGAAACACUCACCUAAAUUUUAUGUUUUUUAACGGUUUAUUUUCAGGAAUAUAAUACUACUGAGUCAUAGCGCUAGGUGAGUGUAGCGUGAAAACCAAAAAAAAAAAAAAAAAAGCAUGAAUUUUUUUUGUGGAAAUUGUUGAAAGAGUGGACCGAUAUAUGUACAUGUAUAUAUGUGUAUAAAUAUACAUUAUAUGUAUGUAUAUAUGUAUUUAUAUACUUAUAUAUUUAUACAUGUAUGUAUAUGUAAUAUAAUAAUAAUAAUAAUAAUAAUAAUAAUGACAUGAAUCGUAGCUUGCGGGAAAGGCCUUGUGGAUACAUAGAUGCUGCAGUAGUAGGAUUAAAAAAAAAAAAAAAAAAGAAGCGGUUGGCUAACAGUGUAAAAAAUAGAAAUAUUAUUAUUAUUAUAUAUUGUAGUUGAAGACCUCGGAGCGACGGCCUGAUAACUCCGGGAUUUUUUUUUUCACGCACUUUUUUUUCGGAGGCAUAAUUUAAUAGAAAAAAAAAAUCAACAAACCAAUUUCCCAUAUUCGGGCCCAACGGCCAGAAAACAAAACCGGUGCUCGCUGACGCAAUCGUGUACGACGUUCUCAACGGGAACGUCGGGGAGACAUCCGAUUGUUCGGAACGAUAACUGUUGUUUCGGUACGCCGGGCGAUCGAUUGUAAAUCCGGAAAAAAAAAAAAAUAAUAAUACGGAAACGUUUCCGUUUUGUCGCUACACGCCCGCGAACGGUUUCAAAAAGCGGAUUUAUCCGGCCCCGUUGCUCCGGGCGUCUUCAAUUACCAUUGCACGGGGCAUAUUAUUAUAUAUACAUAUAUAUAUAUAUAUAUAUAUGUAUAUGUAUAUGUAUAUGUAUGUAUGUAUAUAUAUUUAAAUAUACUUAGAUGUUUUUUUUUUUUUUUUUUUUUUGUACAUUAUUAUUGUUAAUUUAUAUGAUAUUUUUUGUUGAUACGUAUAUUAUUCUAGUGGUCGGCGCGUGUUUUGCGUGUGCAGCUUAUUGUGUGAUAUUAUUAUGUUGUUAUGUACUUACGUACCGUACCGGUACCUUACUCGGUAAACAACGUGGAGCCCGGUUCGCGCGGUCUAAAUAUUUGGAAUGACGUUGCGAAUUUUUAUUUUUUUCCCCCCGUCGUCUCUUAUCACCUUCGCCACGCGCACUUACCGCCACGCCGGCGGACCGCGCGCGCUCGACGCGGCCGGGUGGGGGUGGGGGUGGGACUCGUCGUCGCAUUACGCGAUUGCUGUCGGGAGACGGCCGUGUCCGCGGCGUUCGCGACGUCGAACCGCAGACGGGUUUCGCGGGGAAAAGAGCGCGUUGGCCGUCUGCGCAGAAUUUUCACGACGGCAGGCACCGCGUUUCAACGGCCGCCGGCGGUUGUCGUCUCCCGUCGUCCGCCGCACGUCCCGCGGCCGAACGGUGCCGCCGUUUUCGGGAAAAACCGUAACGUUUUGAUUGUCGCCGCGUACCCGUCCAGUUCGAACCGCCGGGCCGUUCGCCCCGAACGACUGAUGCCGUCCGACGGCCGUCGUUGACGCGUAAUGACAAAUACUGUACGCGCGCGACAACAACAUAUUUGACCGCGGCGUGAACGGGGCUUAACAACACGCGUAUUAUCAUAAUGACAAUCGACAUUAUUGUUUAUUUAUUUAUUUAUUAUUAUUAUUUUUUUUUUGUUUUUGUUUUUUCGGUUCUAUCCUGUUGAGCGCAACCUCUUCUUUUUGUAUAACCCCUACGUGGGCAUAUAUUAUAUAAAUAUAUAUAUGUAUAUGUAUAUAUGUAUAUACAAUAUAUAUAUAUAUAUAUAUAUAUAUACAUAUAUUUUACACUUUGCAUGGCGACUUAGUACGGUAAACUAUAUUAUAUUAUAAUAAUUAUAAUAAUAUAAUUGCAUGCGGUUUUUGGUGAUGUAAAAAUGUAUAAAAUAAACCAAAAGAUUGUUUACAUCACUAUACCAUACCCAGUGUGAUCUUUUUUCUCGGCGAACACUCGUUAUUCAAAAAGAAAAAAGAAAAAAAAAUUAAUUUGACUUUUUUCGAAAUUUCAGACACUUAUAUUUUAGGUGCUUUUCUACAAUUCUAUCAAACUUUAAAAAAAAAAAAAAACCCGAUAAAUAUUCCGUGUAAAUUUCAAUGUGUGUCCCGCGAUCCCGAAUAGUCGGGACGACGUCUCGAAGGAACAGAAAAAUUAGUUUAACUACAUUGCAAAUAUGCAAAGGGCGACGAAAAUAAAAGUUUUGUACAAGAGGGGCAUCUUAAAUUUUGAAAGAACGCUUUUUGAAAGAACGAGUGUUCAACGACAAAAGAAUCAUUCUGAGUACGUAUACACAUAUACGUGAUGCGAGUGGCAAACGAUCGGUUAUUGAGAAUGCGAUGUAAAUGUAGAAAACGACGUUGUCCCGGUCGUGUGCAUUUGUGUGUGCGUGCGUGUGUGUGUGUGCGUGUGUGCGUGCGUAUGUGUGUGUGCGUGCGUGCGCGUGUGAGUAUGCAAGUACACUAGGCGUGUUUUUUUUUUCUGUUCUCGUACCCGCAGGUGGAGCCGAAAAAACCGCGGACAGCCGCCCAACCCGCCCAAGGUGGAGAUCGACUACCGGACCGGUUACAUCAGGUCGCACUUGCGGUCGCCGUCGGGCCGGGUCAGGUGACCGGUGCGUUGGCAUCGUCACCGGAACCGCGGUCGCAUCGGCUGCUUCCGUCGCCGCGCGUCCGACUGCGGUAACAAACGUUAUCAGGUCACCGUGAUGAUCGUGUACCGUAGUAUGCUGGUAUAAUAGCGUUUUCGAUUCGGCGCAAUCUACAAACGCGCUAUCGUAGUUGAUUACGUUAUCAGUGACGGACGCGGGGAAAAAUUUCUGGUUGAAUGGUCGGCAGGAUUGGACGGAGGGCGAACAAAUAACAAUUACGAUUCCGUCAAUUGAAAACGUAACAGCUGAUUCGGUUUACGGGAGGGGGGAUGAACCUCCAAAUCAAAACCUUCCCCGCCCGACACUGAUUGUUAUCAACUAUGGUAAUAUAGAACCACUAGUGCACGAGUGCGACAUUUUUUUUUUUCUUCUUUCUUGUAGAUUAUUGUCGAAUUCGAUAAAAUAUAUUGACAAGAACUGUUUAGGGUUUUCGGUAGGUACCUACCGAUCACCCUGCAAUGGCGUACGGAAAAGUAAAUUUAUAUUUAUACAAGAUGUGCCGAGGAGAUCUGAAAAAUGCAAUCAAUUUUAUUUAUAAUAAUUUCUAGAGCCUUGCGUUAUACUUAUUUUUCUGUUUUAUAUAUAUUUUUGAAAACCAAAAAUAUUUAAUUUUUUUUUCCCACUAAAUCCAAGGCAAUAAUUUUAUAAAUUUAUUUACAUACAACAAUUUGUCGAUACCAAUGUUUAUUAUUUAUGAGUCUGUAAUCGUCUAAAAUGUUUUUAAGUAAGUUUACAAAAAUCAUUUGAAAAAUUAAUGUCCAUGGUCAAAUAACUGUUGAAUUGAUUGAUAUCAUUCAAUAGUGACAACUCUAAUUCAAACAAUCGUAGUAAAUUAACGACUCAUCAUUAGUAAACAUUUGUAACGCCGAGAUUUUAUUUAAAAAUACAUUUAUACAAUGUCUGUAUUGAAAUUCGUAAAAACGUCUUUUAUUUUUAGUUUUUAAAAAAUAUAAGAGUCAUAGACCAAAGUUCUGUAGUAAUUAUUACAAAAACGAAAAACUUAAAUAUAUUGAAUGGGUAAAUCAUUGUAUUUGUCGGAUCUUCGAGGGACACCGGCCUGUUUUUUAUGCAAUUUUGAUGAGCGCGGCGAAGGGCAAUCGUAUUAUUUUGACGAGACGAUUUUAUUUAGAACGAAAUUGAGUCGAAUUGUAUAAGACGAAACAUUUCACGGAAUCUUUAUGAUACUGUUUCGUACCGAUAUAAUGGUGCAGAAGGGCGCCGUUGUAAUGGAUUACAAUGGCAAAUUGGCGGCGACCGUCGUGUUUAAAUUCGGAUAAAAUACUUGAAGUAUUUCAGAGGGAGGCGGGAACGGCAAUACUUGAAUAAGUAGUCUAUAUUGGAAUCGCGGGUAAAGAAGAUAAUAAUCGAAUAUCUACCUACGCGAAUAAUAGCUACUCACUCGAUGCACGAAAGAACGGUUCGACAAAUUUGCAGAUUCCGACGGAGUGAUCCGAAAACAUCCAAUGGGUAUCCGGUGUACACCCAGCGUUAUUGAUCUAGUCGGAGAUGAGUGAUUUUUCGUAUGAAAACUACUUUCUAGUUUUUUUUUUUUUUUAUAAUCUCGGGAAAAUCUACGUAAAAUCUAUUAAACGGCAUGCAGAGACGUGCAAUUUCGAACUCAGGGGAACAUACAACCUUGGAUAAUGGAUUUUUUUUCAGUUCCACUCAGAUAACUCGUAUUUCGUCUGCAACGGUCCAUCGUCGUUUAUUCCGUUACUUAUGUAAACUAUCGAAUAUCCAUAUACUUGACAACCUACCUUGAAUAUUAUAUUCAAUUUCCGGCGGCCUACCCAUGAUGCGAAGCGUGUCCGACUCGUUAAUUUUGGUUUUGGGUCAGAAUAAAAUAUUGCCUAUUAGGUAGAUACUAUAAUCGACUCUCGAGUAAAGAAACGCGGGAAAUAUCAAAUCGUAUAUGUACAAAACCAUUACACCGGUUUAACCAUAAACAUUAUACAUAAUAUAUGUAUACAUAGUUAAGUUGCACUCGGUGCAAAUAUACGAGAGUAGAUAGCUGUAGUGUAUACAAAUCGAAAACGCUAUUACUGCGGUACGGUGUAUCGUUUAUUACGGUCCUCGUACAGAUGGCGUAAUAAUUAUACCGUGAUAAUAUUAUUAUUACGAUAACAAACACAUAUCUUUAUGUUAUAUUAUUAUGUCGUCGGUAUUGUAUUGAAGUUUUUUUUUUUUUUUUUUGUAAAACUGCAGCGUCUGUUGUAUACAUAACAAAUUAAAUAUUAAAUUAUUAUUAUUAUUAUAAUAAUUGUUAUAAAAAAAAAAAAAAAAAAAAAAAAAAAAAAAGUCUUAUUAUAAUAUAUAAAAUUAAUUUAGAUACUUGUGUACAAUACCUAUAUAUACAAUUACAAUAGAACACCAAUACUGUAAUAAAAAUCGAUGAAAAAAAAAAAGAUAUAUAUUAUAUUUUUUAGUAUAUUAUUAUAAUAUAUUAUAUCGAUCGAUUCGAUUACAAUUUUUUUUUUUCUUUUCAAACACAUUUUAAACGUGUACAACAUAAAACAGAUAUUAUUGUGUUUUAUUAUAAUAUUAUUAUUAUUAUUAUUGUAUUUUAUAAUAUUGUAUUCAUUCGAACGCGCGAAUAUUGUUAAUGACAAAAAAAAAAAAAAAAAAAAAAAUAUUUUGUUUAAAAACUCAUUAUUGUGGAUUAAAUACAAUUUCCGUCCACGGACUAAUAAUAUUAAUAAUAAUAUAUUAUAUAUGAUAUUACAAUAAUAUAAAUAAUAAAAUACUUGUAUAAACGUGUUUUCGAUCAUAAAAUUACUGUCCAUCCGUUUGCCCGACCUUUAUAUUGUAUAAAAUAUACGAUACGAUUUGUCCGUCUUUAUCAGUGGCGCAAUUUGGUGAUUUGAGACUUCGGGGGCCCCGUAAAAACGAGUGGCCGUCCAUAGGAGUACCAGCAAUAAAAAGUGAUAUAUAAUUAGAAAAUAACGUGUACUCGUAUGUCAGGAUUUCGGGAAAUAAAGUCUAAUGGAUUCUAACAAUAUCUAACAAGUCUAAAAUACGCUUGUUAGAAAUAUUUCGCUUAGGUACGUUGUAAUUUUGAUGAAAACUUUAUGCGUACGGUUUUAUUGCGUUUUUUAUACCUAGUAAUAAUAUUUGUAUUCGUAUAAUGUUUAUCGACAUCAUCAUCUACGUAACGCAUAACAGGAGAUUCAAGAAGGGGAGGAAGUUGAGGCUGCUUCGGGUUGGUUAAAUUAUUAAAAAGGGUCCAAUUUGUAUUUGACUUUAAGGCUUCCAAGAAUCAUUUGUGCCACUGAGUUCUUUAUAUAAAUUAUUAUUUAAUUGAAUACUGCCCAAUUAUCAUCGUAAACACGAUUAUCUGAGCGUACGGCAGUUUGCCAGGCCAAGUUCCAGCAUGCCAAUAAUAAAUGCUAUUGGUACAUUGUACAUAUUUAUUUACAGUAUGCCAAUGUACACGAACCAAUUCACCAGGUUUUUCUCAUCCUUAAUCUCUG